CGAACAGGACAACCUCUGAUAAGGGACUGCUUUAAAUGUGGACCCCGAGAAGAAAUUGUCAUCUUCACAUCAACAGAAUAACCUGCAACACUACAAAAAUAUGAAUGUGCAGUUUGUUGCAUUGGCUUUGGCUUUAGCUGCUACAACAGCAUUUCCACUCAAUGAUGAGAUCAGUCGAGACACAUGGAGUUUACAGAGAGACAAUCAGGCCAUUGACAAGAAAUUUUUUGCAAAAGACUUAAAUGGUGUGUGGAAGAACCAUGUUGUGAGCAGUGACCUUUACUCCCAAGACUCUAAUAACCCCAUGGCAGCUGAACUGAGUCGCAAACUGAGUAUGGAGUCUGAGCGGCUGAGGGCUCGUCUCAAGCAGGAGCUUGCUGAACUGAGGCAGAGACUCUCUCCUUACCCCAGCCACCCGAAACACACUAUGGCCAAUGUCAAGGAGUUCCUGUCCCCCUUCACUAAGCAGCUCCAGACGGCUCUCCAAUCCAACACUCAGGACCUCUGUGAGAAUCUCAAUCUGAACCUCCAGGACCUGAACCCAGAGGAAGCCACACUCUACCAGGAGGCAGUGCAGAGGAUAACGCUAGCUUUGGAGGUAAGCCACCAGAAAAGGACAGCAGCCUUUGAGGACUUUAAAACAAAAGCAUUUGAGGCUGUAGAGGAGGAACGAGACAGUAGUGGAAAGGAUCUUUGGGAGGAAGUUACGGCCAGGCUGGGACAGGAAGUGUGUACCUUCAGUUUAGAGGUACAAGGUCAGGUCGCGGCACUCAAGAUAGCUUUGGCAGGCCAUCUGGCCUCGGCACAGCCUCCAAGGGAUGUGAUGGCUUCAAAAGUGGAACAGUUCUGCCAGAAUUCCUCAGCUCGGAAUCAACAGUUUAUUUCCAACUUAGACCAACAGAUGACCGCCCUGCAAGAAAACCAGAGUCAUGGUGAAUCAGCUGGUUUCCAUCAGACAAACAUAGAGUCCAUACAGGAGGAUUUCUCAACUAGACUAACAGCCUUAUUACAAGACAUCGUUCACACUCUAAAUUGAACAACACACCUCCAUUCCUAUCAGAAAUACAACUGUGAUGUACUGUAAAUAACAGCUUUUUUUUUGGAUUGCACAUUGUGACCUGUCACUUUUGUAGAACAAUGUUGUUGUUUGUACAGUUUUCAGAAAGAUCCUUAUGUAAAGUACAGCGAAAUCCAUUGAAUUGAAAGACAACAGAAAACCUUUCUUCCGUUUGCUGUGAUAGAUAUUCUGUGUUAUGUGUGGGUAUACUGUUUCAUAAACAUGUAAAUAAAGACAGGUUCAAUUUGUACAUUUUUUUAAAUGAAUAUAUGUUGUCCAGUGAUUAUUGUCUCAACCACAGUAUAUGAAUAAACGUUCUUUCUAAAUAAAUCACAUCUAAACAAU